AUGUCAAACGUGCUAAGUGGCAUAUUUCUGUUAUUUCCGAUUAUGACGGUGACGGGAGCGAAUGUGACCACAACUCCACUUCUGUUUUCAGCCGUCUCGUCGGGAGUAAUUAAUCGAAACCUGGAUUUUCGCGUGAUUGCGACACUAUACUCAGCCCCGGAGUUUCCAGUAAUUUUUAACUUCAGUUUGGCAGAAGAGCGGGAUCCUCAAAAUAUUUCGCUUUUUGACGCCGAAAUAGCAUUUGAGGCAGAUGGGAGUAAAGAAGUCAUCAUCCGGACUAGUAAUUUAAGUCUGGCUUCCCACUACACCCUGAGAGUAAGGGUAACAUCUGGAAGUACGACGGCUAGUGGGUCCACCUAUGUAACCACCGCAGCCAACUUGAUCCUCUUGUCACGACGGAUAAAGAAUUAUACAAGCCCGGGGAAACUGUUUUUGCGCCCUCUGAAGCCGAAGGACAAUAUUCCUUUAGAAAUUUGGGGAUGGAGGUCACUAAAUACAUCGGCUGAGACUACUGGAUUGAUGUCCUUGUCCUUUGGAUUAUCACACGAACCCAAUCAUGGAAAUUGGAAGAUUAUUGCAACCGGAAGAGAUAUAUCUGGAUUUGCCGAGUUUGAAGUAAAACAAUACGUGUUGCCAAAAUUCAAAUUGAAUGUUCGUGUCAACCAAAACUUUGUUACCAUAUCAUCGAGUGACCUUGUUUUGGAUAUUGAUUUGAAAUAUACUUACGGCAAGCCAGUCCUCGCAAUAUGCACGAUUCAAGCUCUGGUCAGCCCGAGGUGUCCCGAUAAGAUUCAGAAUUUCACUAUAAUGACAAAUGUCACAACAAGCUUGACCUUGGACCUCAAGAAAGGCUUAGCAAAUGUAUGGGACACUCUAUUUGAAUAUUAUCCAAUCCCAACAAAAAUAUCUACCAUAUGCACUGAAACAGCGACAGGAUACGUCCAAAACCUAACCACCUGGUUACCAAUGUAUAAACAUUUGCACACCUUGGUUGUCCAGGAUAGACCCGAAAUUGCACUAGCUGAGCAUCCUUACGAAGUCGGAAUUGAAGUUAUCUGGCGUAACGGGAGCUUUGCCCCAGCUGUGAAUACGACAUAUAGGAGAGAAGAUGUGGAUUUGAUUUUGUUUGAGCUCAAUGGGGUCAAUGUGCUUACGGAAACAAAAAUUCUAACAGAUGUUAACAAAUAUGGUAAAGAAAUGAACAUCUCAACUGGAUUGUCAUGGACAAUCAACGACAGAAGAAUGACAGUCAAAGUAGUUACUACGAGUCCCGUACAUCACACAAACGUAAUUCUUAUAUCCCAAGGUGCCGUACUUGGAUAUCGCUAUUCCCAGUUUAGGGUACCACUCAUGGAGAUAACAGUUACUUUGGAAAUUCCACUCUUCGUAACAUAUCACAAAGUAGAAAUUUUGGCAUAUACAGUCUCUGACGGGAGUUUGGUAUCCAAUAAAUUUCAUCUCACAGUUCCUAACCCUGAUGUUAAAAUUCAUUUAAAUGCAAAUGCUACUCAGCCAGGAGCAACAUUAGAAAUUAUGGCUACAGGCUUCCAGGAUGAUAGCAGAUCCAUAUUCGGUGUCAGGGCUAUUGACACAUCAUUGCUGAUAGCUACAGAGGAUGUGGAUUUGGCACAUUCCUGGAUUCAUGAAAAAUUGGAAUAUAAAAAGAGAGCAGAUUCUGAGUAUAAGAGCAUCUACUCGUCGUUUACAUUUCAAAAUUUUGUUAACUCGGAUACACGAAUUAUCACCAUUGCCUUUGUCGAUACUGCGACAAGGACCUAUAGAUCCUACCAUGAAAGGGAUUUCCAGACUAAGUCAGAUAUUCAUAUCAGAAAACAUUUUCCGGAAACAUGGAUAUGGCAGGAAAUGGAGAGUACUAACGGGACAAUCAAGUUCAAUAAAACUGUCCCAGAUACAAUCACUUCCUGGAAACUUCCAGCUUUUAAAUUGCAUACGGAAUACGGACUCCGGAUCACAACCUACCCUAAGAUAUUAACUGUUUUCAAGCCAUUCUUUAUUCGUUUUAUCUGUCCACAUUCAGUGGUAAAAGGAGAAGAGCUGAUUCUAAGGAUUGUCGUGCAAAGCUAUCUCGAUGAACCGGUGAAUGCCACAGUGACCCUAAACAAUCCCAAUCAAUAUUUCAGGUUUCUUGAAAUAGGUGGAGAACAAGCCUACCGAACAAAAUUUGUAGCUGUUAACGUAUCUUCUAUUGCUACGCUGGCCUUCAGAAUUGGUUACGUGCAUCACGGUAACUUUGAGUUAGAAGCAAGUGCUGUUACACCUACCGCCGUUGACUCAUUGAAACAAAAGAUAGUUUUUAAACAUGCAGGAAUCAAGCACACAAAUUCCAAAGUACUUAUCAAACCUCAAUCUAAACGAGAAAUAUAUUCGCGACAGAAAAUGAAUGCCAGUUUUCCAUCUGACCUAAUUGCCGAAUCCGAAGAAAUUAAAAUAACCCUUACGCAAGACUUCCUCAGUACUACACUAGAAAAUCUAGAAACAUUGAUUCAAAUACCAAUUGGAUGUGAAUACCUGGAAGUCAGCGGCAGCAUCACGACAAGUCUUAAGGCAGCAAUUUUAAACUACUUGGAACUAGGUUACCAGCAGCAACUUUCUUAUUUUAAUAAAGACGGUUCAUUUUCAGCCUUCCAAUUUGAAGAGAUUGGAUCAACAUGGUUGACUGCAUUUGUGACUAGAGCGUUUUUGCAGGCAAAGAAAUACAUUACUAUAGAUCAAUACAUCCUCAAAGAAUCCGUGGAUUUUCUUCUUGGCAAGCAGCAGCAAGAUGGCUCAUUUCAGGAGGAUGGAUUUGUGCACGAUCGAUCCUUGUUGGGUGGUGCAGUGCUAAAGAAAGACAAGGUCCACAGUGAAAGUAUAGCAAACUGGUUAAUUUCGCAAAAAAAUGCUCAAGGAGGUUUCCUGUCAACGCAAGAUACAAUAAUGGGGAUCACUGCCUUGGCGAAAUACCACGAGUUUGCGAACAUUUCCCACAUUUCUAAUACUGACUCACUCGUAAAUGCUACAAUUACUUGGGAAGGCGGUUCUCAAACUUAUGCACUUGGUAGAAAAACAAAACAGGCGAUUUACGAAACUGAUUUGCCACGGACUGUUCGCAAUGUUCGGGUUGAAACUGAAGGCAAAGGGGCAUCUCAAGUCCAACUUAGCUGGUCGUAUGAUAGUGAAAUUCCAACUACAAAUGUCUCCUUCUCCCUUGACAUUACGGUGGAGAAUUGCACGACGUUGCGAAAUCUGGUGCUGAGGCCUUGUGCAGCCUAUAAUAAGGAUAAUUCAUCGAACAUGGUCGUGCUUGAAAUGUACGCACCAUCGGGCUACUCCUUCAACUCGCAAGAACUGAACUCCCUUCUUGAUAGUAAACUCAUUCAACGAUAUGAGCUUCGGGAAGACAGCAGCCGUCUUUUCAUGUAUUUCGCCAGCUUUCCAGGACGCAUUGUAAAGUGCUUCGACCUAACGAUUACUAAGGAAUAUGAGGCUGAGGUGAUGUACACUAUCCCCGAGACGGCUAUGAUUGUGGAGGAGUAA